GAAGGGAACGACUCAAGGCAAAUAAAAUUUAGUUGAGCUUGGUAAAGGAGACUUGCAAUUUGCACUUCCACAAGUGCUGAGUCCUCAUUUCUAAUGUUUAAAUUCCUCUGCAACACAGCUUCACGAGAUCCCCCAUCGUAUCAAAUUUGGAAGGUUGGAUCCAAAUUACUAUACGAUUUCAAAUCGAGAAAAGAACAACCUCAAGCAUACUACCCUAUCGACACUUCAAGGAGCAUGACCAAAUUUUCUCCUCACUUAUCACUGUUGGCAGCAUUUCCUCUCUCUGUCCUACGAGUUUCUGCUCCGGAGUUGCUACAUUCACAUGAAAUUCCAGGCCAGGAAUGAGUGACCCGCCAUGGGCCCAGCAGGUACCAUAAUCUCGUAUCGUUUUCAACGAGAAAUUUACGGUGGUUACUAACUAGCAACUGCCCUCGGGGACAACUCGACCACAACCUUUUUAUCCUAGUCCAAACUUUGAACCACAACUAGCACUAGACCAGUCCCCUGCCUAAACCAAACGAAACAGUAACAUCCCUCUGUUUCUAUAAUUCUUCAUCUCCUCCUCUCCUCGCUACAAGACACGCAUGUAGCUUCAAUCCUCCAUGGCAAUUUGAGCUCAAGGACUAGAGAGAGAGAGAGGGAGGGAGAAAACUCUGACAGACUUUCCCGUGAGCCCCGUGAGCUUAAAAAGAUCGCUGAGAUCAAGACAUCUCUCUCUCUCUCUCUCUCUCCCUCACUGCCUCUGCCUUUGCCUUUGCCUUUGCCAUUGCCAAUGCUGUUCCCCCACUUUGCAGUUUGUACUCUUUCUCUCACCACCCAUUAAAUUCUCCCUCCCCACUUUCUCCUCCAUCGAGAAACCAUCCUCUUCGAUCGGACGGUUCCCGAUCAUCCCUCUCUCUCUCUCUCUCUCUCUGCUGCAAAAGCAGAGCACUCUCUGCCUUUUUCUCUUAUCUUCUUCCUCGUGGAGCCUCGCAACAGCUGAUCAUCUUUCAAUUGCCAGAAUAUAUUCAUGAAGAAAAUGGGCUCUCGAUCUUCCGUGAUCUUGCUCUUCCUAUCGACCCAGCUGUCGCUCUUGCUCGGAGCAAGCGCGGGGACUUACUGGGGAGACACGGCGGUCCUGAAGCAGCUCAAGGGCGCGCUGGACCCCAGCUCGGUGAGCCCCGGCUCGUGCGUCGCCUCGUGGGACUUCGCCGCCGACCCCUGCGACGCCCUCUUCAGCGACAAGUUCACCUGCGGCUUCCGCUGCGACGCCGUCGACGACUCCGGCGCCAGCCGGCUCACCGAGCUCGCCCUCGACCAGGCCGGCUACUCCGGCCCUCUCGCCUCCGUCUCCUGGGACCUCCCUUACCUCCAGACCCUCGACCUCUCCGGCAACUACUUCGCCGGGCCCAUCCCCGCCUCCCUCUCCAACCUGACGCGGCUGAGCCGGCUCGGCCUGUCCCGCAACUCGCUCUCCGGCUGGAUCCCCGACUCGGUCUCCUCCCUCUCCAGCCUCGAGGAGCUCUACCUGGACGGCAACGAGCUCGAGGGCUCGAUCCCCGCGAGCCUCGGCGCCCUCUCCAGCCUGACCCGGCUCGAGGUCCAGUCCAACAAGCUCGCCGGCGAGUUGCCGGCGGGGGCGCUGGGCUCGCUCGUCAGCCUGCUCUACCUGGACGCGAGCGACAACGCGAUCUCCGGCGAGAUCCCACGAGCGCUCCCGCCGUCCCUCGUCCAAUUCACGAUGAGGAACAACUCCCUGGAGGGAGAGCUAGCCCCCGAGACCCUCCAGCUCGCGAGCUCGCUCCAAGUCCUCGACCUGAGCCACAACAAGCUCGCCGGCCCGGUCCCCUCCGCCCUGUUCACCCACCCGUCGCUCCAGCAGCUCACGCUCUCCUCCAACGGCUUCGACUCCAUACAAUCCCCGACCUCCCCGUUCCCCCAGAGCGAGCUCAUCGCGGUCGACCUGAGCGACAACCGGAUCAGGGGGCUCCUCCCCGCGUUCAUGGCGGCCAUGCCGACGCUGUCGGCGCUGGCGCUGGAGAACAACCAGUUCUCCGGGGCGAUACCGACGGAGUACGCGCAGAGGGCGGCGGCGCCGGCGCAGGGGGCGGCGCGGCUGGAGAGGCUGAUGCUGGGCGGGAACUACCUGAUGGGGCCGAUACCGGCGCCGCUGCUGGGGCUGGGGUGGGGCGGCGGCGAGGAGGAGGAGGUGAGGGUGAGCCUGGGCGGGAACUGCCUGUACAGAUGCCCGGCCCGCUUCUUCUUCUGCCAGGGGGCCGAUCAGAGGUCGGCGGCGGAGUGCAAGAGCUUCGGCCCUGUCAUUCCUUAGAGCGCUGUUUGUACGUACUACGUUGUACGUGACUACGUUGUGGUGGUGGUGGUGGUGGUGGCG